GCUGUCAUUAAAGCUUUUUGACAAAAGCCCACUUCCUUUCACUGUCAUCUGAGGGAGAGAGGCGAGGAGGAGAAAGAUUUCUCAGCCUGCGAUGGAUGCAGGACGAAUAAUCUGUUGAAAAACUGUCAAAAAUGUCUCUUUGGGAUCAAAUCUGGAGGAGUUUAAACCCUCUCAGUGUCUGAGGUUGAUGGAGAUGCUGCGAAGUGGCUCGAACUGUGAUCACAUGCGCUGCGUGUCAUCGAGGGAGGUCUGCGAGCCAGAUGUUAGGGCUGCUUCUUAUUUCUAUGCAUACCCCUCUUUGACUUGUUCAUCAUGCAUCAAAACUUCUGAUUGUAGACCAUAAAUUAUCUCUGCUGUUAGGAAAAAAACAUUUAAGAAGCCCAGCAGGCGGCAUGAGUAAUGGGACAAGGCGUUUUUGUCUCUUUCAGUGCGUCUGUGAAGACCGGCGCUGAUGGUUUUACUGCCUUGUGAAGGAAAAUCUUAGAAAAUUGAUGUAAUCUUGUUUUAAAGGAGGACUUUACUGUAAAAAAACUAAGUGGCCACUGACUUUGUCAUGCGCAUAUUUGCAGAGCGCAUUUGGAAAGAGGAGGAGAUGCGGUCAGGGAGUAGGCUAAUCCAAGCACCGCGUUAAAAAGAAAAAAAAGAGAAGUGGUGGUGGGGGCAGUUUCAUAUUCCGCUGUAACUGUAUUGCACCGUGACACCAGCCCCGAGAACCAAAGCGGGCGCGCUCGCAGCAUCUGUAUCAUCUGCUGCAGGGCGCACGGGAGAAAGCGCACGGCCAGUGGGAAAAUGUUCCUGGACGCACACUUUUACGCACGGAUUAUGUGAUGACCGUGAGAUUCCACAAAUAAUAUGCGCAACACAGUGGACUGCUCUGUUUUUUUCUUUCUUUCUUCCACUUUUUUUGCUCUCUUGUGUUUCCUUAUUCAUUGUGCACCCUAUGAAGAGCAUUAACUAUCCCUCCCUCCAGUCCUAUUGAAAAGACUGCGAAGAAAAAAAAACAGAGGGAGAUGAGGGCUGCAAAUCCCUUUUUUAUUCCCCUCGUAGCGCUCAAUAAGAGAAGAAUGUGUUGCCUAUCAGUCACCGAGGGGAUCAAGUCUUCGGGACUGUCCCACACGUUCAAUGCGCCUUGCAAAGCAUCGCGGAGAGAGACAGAGUGAAGAGGACAUCUAGAGCAGCAGCAUCUUGCCAGGACGCUUCACAUCAUUCAACAACCUGUCUCCACUUAAGAUCCAUUUAAGUCAAUUAGGGCUGCCAAAGUCUGCAGGUCCUCUCACCGGACUUCGCGAUGAGGAGUCUGGUGCUGCUGCUGGGAGUGAAAGCCGCCUGCAUCCUGCUGGUGUCCUCGCUGUCAGGCACGGGGGCAGUGAACAACAGCGGCCGGUGGUGGGGUAUUGUCAAUGUGGCUUCCUCGUCCAACCUUCUUACCAAUUCCAAGAAUGUGCAGUUGGUCCUGGACCCAAGCCUCGCUCUACUGAGUCGUCGCCAGCGCCGACUAAUUCGGCAGAAUCCUGGCAUCCUGCACGCCAUCGCCGCUGGGCUGCAUGCUGCCAUAAAGGAGUGCAAGUGGCAGUUCCGCAACCGCCGCUGGAACUGCCCGACCACCCACAGCCCGGCAAUUUUUGGCAAAAUCGUCAAUCGUGGUUGCCGUGAGACGGCAUUUGUAUUUGCCAUUACCAGCGCAGGAGUGACCCAUGCUGUGGCCCGAUCCUGCUCAGAGGGCUCCAUUGAGUCGUGCACAUGCGAUUAUCGUCGUAGAGGUCCCGGCGGGCCAGACUGGCACUGGGGGGGCUGCAGUGACAACGUGGAGUUUGGACGGGUGUUCAGCCGUGAGUUUGUGGACUCUAGUGAGAGGGGCAGAGAUCUGCGCUACCUCAUCAACCUACACAACAAUGAAGCAGGCAGAAUGAUUGUGUCAACAGAGAUGCAUCAGGAGUGUAAAUGCCACGGCAUGUCGGGCUCUUGCACCGUGCGCACAUGUUGGAUGCGCCUACCCAGCUUCCGCACAGUGGGAGACUUCCUCAAGGACCGCUUUGACGGCGCUUCCAGAGUGGUUUAUGCCAACAAGGGCAGCAACCGGGCCUCUCACCGAGCUGACCCAAGACACCUAGAGCCAGAAAACCCAGCUCACAAGCCUCCCUCUACUAUGGACCUCGUAUAUUUUGAGAAGUCACCAAACUUCUGCUCCCAUAACAGCAAAACCGGCACUUUAGGAACCUCUGGAAGAACGUGCAACAGUUCUUCUCCAGGCCUGGAUGGGUGCGAGUUGCUCUGCUGUGGGCGUGGGUUUAAGACCCGGAGUGAGGCCGUGACCGAACGUUGCCACUGCACUUUCCACUGGUGCUGUCACGUCAGCUGUCUGAACUGCACCAGCACACGGACAUCGCAUCAGUGUCUAUGAUGACGGGAAAAUGCAGAAAAUAACAGAAAGCACAACAAAAACUUUCAUAAAACAGAACGCUGACAAAAAAAAAAAAAGACAGAGAAGGACAUUGACACAGAUGUUAGGUUGAAGCAGAGAAAGAAACUACAAAGCAUGCAGGGAACGUUGUGGCAUCAAAAUAAAAAAAAAGCACAAUGUGAACAGGGUACCCCAGAAGCUUCUUUAUACCUUCAAAUAUGGUUCGUGAUGACUAUUUAAGCCCAAAUAUUGAGACAAAACAGACUCAUCUGCAUCUUUUAAAAACAGAAAAAAAACAAACUUGUUGCUUUUUCUAUUGGUUUAAUAAAAAAUGAUUUAAUUGAUUGGAGGUAUAUUUAAAUAACAUUUUUGCCCACAUUAAUCUGGAAAAGUUGACGGGUAGAAAUGGGUCGGUUCCCAUCUUGUAUCCUCUGUGAUUAUGAUCGACCGUUUCCAAUAUUCGUGCCAAGCUUUGUUUGUUUUCCUCCAGAGAUAAACAAGCCUUAAACCUUGAUCUGCGGCUUCCAAUUACAGCCUGUUCCUGGUUUUAUGUAACUAAGAUGUGACUCAUAAAAGAUAAACACAAACCGAAUAAAUCUCAGUUAGGAAACAAAAUUUGAAUAUAAUAUCAAUACACUGUAAAUCAAAGGAUGGGGAUUUUUAACCAAACGAAGGAAUGAGUUUAAAAAGCAAAAUGUCACAAUUACGCUUAAACUUUAAUCUAUGGCUUCAGAAAAUGUUUCAAAGAAAACAGCUGAUGUGGUUAGUAGCUGAGAUAACCAAAAUUCUCUGUUCGAACAGAAAAUAAUCAUAAAAUGUUGUGUGCAUGUUUGCCAAAUGAUAUGUGUCAAAUCAGGAAAUCUUUUUUUACGUCUUGCUUUUUUCUAAAGUCGCUAGAAACAGAACUUCUUUGCCUGUUCAUUGUUAAAAAUAAACACACAGCUGUGUUUGGUCAUGCACUGAAUAUUUUCUUCCUUAUUGAUGUAAAUCCAAAUAUUUAUUUUAUGAAUUUUUAUACUGAGAAAUGUCAAAGGAUGUUUUUAGAUUUUGGUUAAGAGAUUUAGAUCCCUGUUGUUUCCUUUUUUUAUUGUAUGAUAGAACAAUAAAGUCUAUUUUCAAUUAAA